UUUUACUAGUGAAGAAAUGGAAUCUCAGAGAGCUCAGGGCUUUGCCCAGGACCACAGAGCUGGUCAACAACGGAAUUGAAGUUUUGAAGGAUGGGUAAAGACUUUCGUUAUUACUUCCAGCAUCCCUGGUCUCGCAUGAUUGUGGCUUACUUGGUGAUUUUCUUUAACUUCUUAAUAUUUGCGGAGGACCCGGUUUCUCAUAGCCAAACAGAAGCCAAUGUUAUUGUUGUUGGAAACUGUUUUUCAUUUGUAACAAAUAAAUACCCUAGAGGAGUUGGCUGGAGAAUUCUGAAGGUGCUUCUAUGGCUACUGGCCAUUCUCAUAGGACUAAUAGCUGGCAAAUUUCUGUUCCAUCAACGUUUGUUUGGUCAGUUGCUCCGGUUAAAAAUGUUUCGAGAGGAUCAUGGGUCAUGGAUGACAAUGUUCUUCAGCACAAUUCUGUUUCUCUUCAUAUUUUCUCACGUAUACAACACGAUUCUUCUAAUGGAUGGGAACAUGGGAGCAUAUAUCAUUACAGACUAUAUGGGCAUCCGAAAUGAAAGUUUCAUGAAAUUAGCUGCAGUAGGGACCUGGAUGGGGGACUUUGUCACAGCCUGGAUGGUCACUGAUAUGAUGCUUCAGGACAAACCUUAUCCUGAUUGGGGAAAAUCCGCAAGAGCUUUCUGGAAGAAAGGAAAUGUUAGGAUCAUUUUAUUCUGGACUGUUCUCUUUACUCUGACUUCUGUGGUGGUACUUGUCAUUACAACUGACUGGAUCAGCUGGGAUAAGCUGAAUCGAGGUUUUUUGCCCAGUGAUGAAGUUUCCAGAGCAUUCCUGGCUUCUUUUAUCUUGGUCUUUGACCUCCUUAUUGUAAUGCAGGACUGGGAAUUCCCACAUUUUAUGGGAGAUGUUGAUGUAAAUCUUCCUGGAUUACACACUCCCCACAUGCAGUUCAAGAUUCCUUUCUUCCAAAAGAUCUUCAAGGAAGAAUAUCGUAUUCACAUAACAGGUAAAUGGUUUAACUAUGGAAUUAUCUUUCUUGUCUUGAUUUUGGAUCUUAAUAUGUGGAAGAAUCAGAUAUUUUAUAAGCCUCACGAAUAUGGACAGUACAUUGGCCCAGGGCAGAAGAUAUAUACAGUGAAAGACUCAGAAAGUUUAAAGGAUUUGAACAGAACCAAACUUUCGUGGGAAUGGAGGUCCAAUCACACUAACCCUCAGACUAAUAAAACAUAUGUUGAGGGAGAUAUGUUCUUACACAGCAGGUUCAUAGGGGCUAGCCUUGAUGUCAAGUGUCUAGCUUUUGUUCCAAGUUUGAUAGCUUUUGUGUGGUUUGGAUUCUUCAUUUGGUUCUUUGGACGGUUUUUGAAAAAUGAGCAAGGCAUGGAGAAUCAAGACAAGACUUACACUCGCAUGAAAAGAAAAUCACCGUCAGAACAUAGCAAGGACAUGGGAUUCACUCGAGAAAACACACAGGCCUCAGUGGAAGACCCACUGAAUGACCCUCCCUUGGUCUGCAUCAGGUCCGACUUCAACGAGAUUGUGUACAAGUCUUCCCAGCUCACGUCAGAAAACUUAAGCUCGCACUUGAAUGAAUCUACCAGUGCGACAGAAGCUGAUCCAGACCCAACGACUUCGAAAAGUACACCUACGAACUAGAUUUCACUUACUUGGAAAUAGCACAAAAAGCAACCUUGAGUGUAACUUUAAAAAAGUUAGUCUUUCCUUUUGUAAAUGUAAAGUUUACGUAGUGUUAGGUGAAGAAACACAAACAAUGCCACAACGGUGCUCAACAUGCUUUUUCUAGGACUCAUUGUUUUCUAUUUGUAUUAUAAUACACGUGCCUACGUAUAUCUAACAGUCCUCUAGAGAUUGCUUUUCACAAUUGCACAAGCUAUUUACUGACUUUACAGCAUAGUAGAAGAUUAGCUGAUUACCCGUGUAUCUGAUGUUCAACCAUAGUGGUGCCUUGAGACAUUAAACUGUUUUUAACUGUACCAGAACCGAAGUGUGGAACAGUCCUCGAACCUACUUCACAUGGGGUUUUUUGUAUACAAUUAUUUUGAUCUACACUUGAUGUCUUAGCAGGAAACAGAUAUAGCCAAGAUGUGGCUUAGGAAGUAUCUCUUGUUUCCUAUUCAACAGUGGAGUUUGUGACUUUGACAGUGGGAUUGCACAGAGGCCUGGUGAUUACCUUUGAAUUUGUUUUGGCUAUCUGCCAAAUACAAAUAGUGAUUCAAAAUUCAGUACUAGGAGAAUGAUAAUCCAGCAUGGGUCACUACUUGUGAAAUGUGGCUUUCUCCAACCAGUAAUUGCAAUUAGAUGAUAAUACCUAAUUAUGUUUUCCUAAUUAAAGAUAAAUUGCUACUUGAUUAAAAAUCCUGCCCUUCACCUAUGAGAACAAAGGUUAAGAGGCACAGUUGGGUGAACUCUCAAAUUUAUUGGCAUUUACACAAACCACUAGAAAACCAAGGAACUGAAGUUUUAAUCAUGUGAGGGUUGUACAGCCUACUAUCUACAAUAUUUGUACAUCUUUCUGUAAAUACGGCUCUGGAAAAUGAAAAUUGAAAAACAUAUGCCAACCCUGAAUAAGGGAACUCCUCUAAAAAUCAUGCAGCAGAACCUUGUGAGGUAGAAAAAGAUGUGCAUGAAACAAUCUAUUCAGUAGCUUGUUUUGUGUGUGCAUUUUUUUGCUUUUUUUUUUUAAGAAUUAAACAUCAUACAUUAAUAAAUACAAAUUAUAUAUCA